AUGGCCGCCGACAUAAUACCUCCCAGGAGCGAGCCUGGUUCCGCUGCACAGGUCGGCAUCAAUCGCACCUCAUUACCUCCGUUGGUCACAUCGCCGCCAUCCAAGGCCAAGCUGGAGCGCGCGAGCUCCUACGCCAACAAACGCCUCUCCACCUUCUCCACGGCAUCCAAUACACAGCAGUCGGUCCGCUCACGGCCGCAAUCCACUGCCUUCCCCAUAUUUCAUUCGAGCCUUGCUUAUUCGCUCGUGCGUGACUUCGCAUACGAUCCGCUACAUCCGCUCUUCUACGGACCACUCCCAGACUCGACCUCUGAAAUCUCGACCCCAGCAAGUGAAGUCGGGAGACGAUUGUCCGACCCGCCCCCAGUGGCAUGGCGCAACGACAGAGCCUGGUCCGCCACCUCCUACGACGAGAACGGCGAGCAACUCCCGCAAACCGCCUAUGACGGUGGUCCACCCUACAGUGAAGACGAUGACAUCUCCAGUCCGGUAGUCACCAGCCACCACGGCGCACGACAUAAGAAGCACAAGUCCAACAUUGUCAACUUCGACCACACCCGCGGCCGGAGAGGAUACCCAGAAGACCCCCGACGGAGCUCGGUUGGCCACAUGAACGAGGCCAGCCCCACAUUCCACAUCAGUGAGGCAGAGGAUGCGAACGGAUCUGCGAGUGAGUACAUUACCUACCCGCCCGAGUCGUCACGCCUUGAUGUGCCCUCAGAAGGCACAUCGCGCCGAGACUCGCAUUUUGCCACGUUACUGCCACAACGCACAUAUGCCGAUGCCGACGGUCCACCGUACGAUUCCGACGACGACAUGUCAGAACCCGAAGACUAUAUCCACGACGAUAACCGCUUCUCUCGCGACUACCAAUUCACCAUUGCCUCGCCUGAUGAGGAGAUGCACGGCAAAGCAGUCGCCUUGUUCGACUUUGCGCGAGAAAACGACAAUGAGCUGCCCUUGGUCGAAGGACAGGUCAUACUUGUAUCGUAUAGGCACGGGCAAGGUUGGCUGGUCGCACAAGACCCCAAGACGGGCGAAAGUGGUUUGGUACCAGAGGAGUACGUACGGCUACUACGCGACAUUGAAGGUGGCUGGAACGGCCUGGUGAAUGGCUCGAUACAAGCCCAGCUCCAAGCGCACGAGCCCACCACCCGGCCCGAAGGUCUCCUCAGCCCCGUCUCAGCAGGGCCAGAAGCGAUGACACCCACCCAAGCAGACCACCCGCAAAACUACACACCCGUCAUCUCCACCUUUUCCACAAGCCACAAAGAUCUCGAGCCUUAUCCAAAGGACCGGCUCGGCACGCCGACUACCACCGAGAGUGGUGGAUUUGCAAAAGCAAAGGAAAGCGGGCCCAUGGAGGUUUGGGUGAGGUCUGUGAAGUUUGGAAAAGCCUGCACAAGGAAUCCGACUGCCCGAAUCCGACUGCCCGUCUCCCGUCUCGUCAGCACAGGCACUCCGUCGAUUGCGUCUCCCAUGCCCCAAAAGCUCAGUCUGCUUAGCUUUUGUGAAUCCAUGAAUAUUGGCCACAUGGAACUGUACACACGACAUCCGCCCAUAUCUCCUCCCCCGACAUGGAAGUACAAAACCGGCCUUGAGACAUACAACGACGACAUACUUUCGACGUACUCUAGAACCAUGACUCAAAACGUCCUCUUCCCCCCAGAAACCCGCUCGACACCACACUCCAUCCCGCCACAUACAGCGUCCCACCACACGCCCCCAUCUCCCACUACACGCCCCCAUCUCCCGCCACCCUCACGACACACGACUUCACAUAUCUUGUCUUAUACCACAACGAUUUCAGCAUAA